AUGGCCUUCCACCAUCAGUUCUGGCAGGUUGAAGAGCAUGCAUACGACCUCAUCAACUGUUGGUGCUGCGGCAUUUCUGCAACCCCCUGCCUCGAUCCGUGUUGCCUCACCAAAGACAAAUGCUGCUGCUGCACCCACGGCUGCACAAGCGGACAAGACUGCAACGGGGAGAAAGGCUGGCUCUUCUCAACCGAUAAGUGCUGCUGCUGGAUCAGCCAUUUCUCCCUGCACAAGAUGGGCUGUGCACUUUGCAACGUGCAUUGCUGGGGCGAGCCCUAUCCGGGAAAUGAUGACCCAGACAUGAACUUCCUGCCUCCUCUCUGCUGGUGUUUCCACUGCUGCUGCUUCGCCCAAGCCCUCGGGAGCUUCUUCCCGGCGUGCUACCAGGAUAACAAGCUCUGUAUCUGGGAGGGCAAAACCACGACCGGGUCCAACUGUUGGUCAGACGAGGGCUUCUGCCACAGCCAUGCCAAGGUCUGCUGCUGCCCGCUGCUGCUCCGGUGCGAGCUCCCUCCAAACGAGCGUAUCGGCUGUGGCUUUUGCAUGGGCUCGGGCUGGCAUUCCGAUUCCGAGGUGGAGGAAGAGACGGAGAGGCUCCUGAAGAAAGCCGGACACCCUGAGCAGCAGGAAAUGCGCCACCUCCAACACUAA